AUGGCAGCUGAGCUUGAGGCUGAAUUAGAUGAGUCUCAUCAUAGUUAUAUGCAGCAGUCUACAGAGCAGUCUACCUUUGGUACGACGUCACUCUUAGCGGCCGAUGAAGUGGUGUGUCUGAAUGUGAUUGGAGAGGGGCCUUCCGGUGUAAUCUACAAGGGAUCGUAUCGUGGAAGUGUAGUGGCCGUCAAGAAAAUGAAAAUGGUAUCGCUACCGUCAAAACCAUCAGCGAGAGAGAAUGUGGAGAUGGAACUUGAGGUGGAAGCUACGCGCAUGGGCAGUUUACGACAUCCAAAUACGGUGCUCUUUAUGGGUGCAUGUCUGCAGGAAGACUUCUUUUGCAUUGUUAGUGAGUACUGCACUCGUGGUUCACUUUUCAACGUACUACAUGCCCCCAAGGCAUCGCCUUCGAAUAGGAGACACAAACGUAAAGGCUCAGAGCCGCGUUCACGAGUAGAUUCUGGCAGUGCACCCGGCAACUUCAAUGAUCCUAUGGCCAAAAAGAAGGUGAAUCUCAAAUGGAGUUUACGGAUACGACUCGCACUGGGUGCAGCAAGAGGACUUCUCUAUCUGCACAGUGCAGAUCCGCCCCUUGUCCACGGACAGCUGAAGAGCUCCAACAUUUUGGUGGACGACUCAUGGAACGCCAAGCUUGCGGACUUUGGGACGAGACGCGUAGCCGAGGCAGUCGGUUUUGAUAGAAGUAGAAUGAACAGUAUUGAUGAACGCUCUGCGCUGCUACGGUGGACGGCACCGGAGCUGCUAAAGCUAGGCGAGGAACGCGUCUUAAAGGGAGCGUUUCCGAGCGACAGCGUCAGUCCUCAGACCGUGGACAUUUUUAGCUUUGGACUGAUCAUGUGGGAGCUGACAACUGGUGAGUUACCAUACGCAGACAUGCACUCAAACUCUGAAAUUAGCGAGUACGUGCUGUCGGGAUGCCGACCUAUUAUGAAGCCAGGUCAGUGCAAUAUUAAGUGGGCAGAGCUCAUGGCUAGAUGCUGGUCCCAUAAUCCUUCACGGAGACCAAGCGCCGCUGAAAUUGUAUCGUCGCUUGAAAGCAUUAGCAAGGCCGACGCAAUUGCACAAUCAGCGAAGAAGGAGACGCGCAUUGUGAACAGCAACCGCGCCGACUACCGUUUUGCAGACAAACCGCGCUCGCGAUUGAAGGGGCCUUCCAAAUUCAAGAGCAACGUACGCGUUGUUGUCUGA